AUGGAUCUCACUCACGCUUCCAAGAACACUGUUGCUCCCGCCACUGCUCCCGUGAAGAAGGUUACUCAGAGCAAUGCUCCCGGCAGUACGCCCGCUGAUGGCACUGGCAUCGUCGAGAUGGACCCAUGGCUUGGCCCAUUCAAGGACGACCUUCGCCGCCGCUUCUCUAAGGCUGCUGAAUGGCUUCAGAAACUCAACAGCCACGAGGGUGGGCUGAAGGAAUUCUCAAAAGUUGGUCAAUUUCGCUCGAGCAUGCUGGUUCCUUCAUCCAAUGCUGAUAAUGUGUUUGCUUGUUCUAGGGGUAUGAGAAGUUUGGCAUCAAUGUUGCUCGCAAUGGAACCAUCACUUAUCGCGAGUGGGCUCCAAAUGCUGUAAAUGCCAAUUUUAUCGGAGAUUUCAGUAGGCUUGCCCUAGUCCCUAACCAUAUCUGGCUGCUUUCUCACCAAUCUAGAUGGCUGGAACAGGCAGUCUCAUCCAAUGAAAAAGAAUGACUUCGGCGUUUGGGAAAUAGCUCUCCCACCCGUCAACGGAAAGCCUGCUAUUCCCCAUAACACCAAAGUAAAGGCGAGUUACACCCCGAGUCCCCUUUCUUGCCUUUCACAUAUUCUGACCCUCUGCAGAUCGACUUUCAACUCCCUUCGGGUGAGAGGGUAGACCGUCUUCCAGCGUGGAUCAAGCGUGUCACCCAAGACCUGAGUGUUUCCUCCGUAUAUGACGCCGUCUUCUGGAAUCCCGAGAAGAAAUAUGUUUUCAAACACCCUCGCCCCAAGAAGCCCAAGUCUGCUCGCGUUUAUGAGGCGCAUGUAGGCAUCAGCACAACGGAAUAUAGAGUCGGAACUUAUACGGAGUUUACCGCAAACGUCCUUCCUCGGAUAAAGAAGCUUGGGUACAACGUAAUCCAGCUUAUGGCUAUCCAAGAACACGCUUACUAUGCUUCUUUCGGAUAUCAGGUCACUUCGUUCUUUGCUGCCUCUAGCCGAUAUGGAACCCCCGAGGAGCUUAUGGAACUGAUCGAUACCGCUCACGGAAUGGGGAUCACUGUCCUUCUUGACAUUGUCCACUCUCACGCAUGCAAAAACGUCCUUGACGGAAUUAACAUGUACGACGGCAGCGACCACCUUUAUUUCCACGAGGGAUCACGGGGUAGGCACGAAUUGUGGGAUUCUAGACUCUUCAACUAUGGGCAUCACGAAGUAUUACGUUUCCUCAUCUCAAAUCUGAGGUUUUAUAUGGAGGAGUAUCAAUUUGACGGCUUCCGGUUCGACGGUGUCACAAGUAUCCUCUAUACUCAUCACGGAAUUGGAACGUAUGUUUAAGCCCAGUUAUUUUGACCGAUUCGCGCUGACGAGAGUAGGGGUUUUUCUGGUGGGUAUCACGAGUACUUUGGGAGCAACGUCGACGAAGAAGGAGUAGUGUAUCUCAUGCUGGUAUGAAACCAAAGUUGGCCCAGUCUUUGCCUCGCUUACCAAAUAUUUUGCAAGGCCAAUGAAAUGAUCCACGAAAACUUUCCCGAGGCGAUAACAAUUGCAGAAGACGUAUCUGGGAUGCCCGGUCUGUGUGUUCCCCUUGCCCUUGGGGGUGUUGGCUUCGACUACCGCCUUGCGAUGGCCAUCCCAGACAUGUGGAUUAAGCUGCUGAAAGAAAAGAAGGACGAUGACUGGGAUAUGUCCAACAUCUGCUGGAUUUUGACCAAUAGACGACAUGGCGAGAAGACUAUUGCUUAUGCUGAGAGUCACGAUCAAGCGUAUGUUGGCACACAUGUAUAUCCCUUCCCACAUUGCUUCUCUGGUGCUGAUGAUCACAGGUUGGUUGGAGACAAAUCAAUUCUCAUGUGGCUCUGUGACAAGGAGCUCUACACUCACAUGUCGACACUCACCGACUUUACCCCCAUCAUUGAACGCGGCCUUGCCCUCCACAAAAUGAUAAGACUCCUUACUCAUGGAUUGGGCGGUGAGGGUUAUCUCAACUUUGAGGGUAAUGAAUUCGGCCACCCUGAAUGGCUCGACUUCCCCCGUGUCGGUAACAAUAAUUCUUUCCACUAUGCUAGACGGCAAUGGAAUAUCCUCGAUGACCCCCUCCUGAGAUACAAAUUUCUCAACGAAUUUGAUGCUUCCAUGCAACAUCUUGAACAACGUUAUGGAUGGCUCCAUUCACCCCAAGCUCACAUCAGCUUGAAGCAUGAGGGUGAUAAGGUUAUUGUAUUUGAGCGUGCAGGGUUGGUUUUCGUACUCAACUUCCAUCCCACAGUAAGUUAAACCCCUCACGAUAUCUAUACUACGAUACCUAUAUUAGCGUAUUCUAAACAAUGGUCUAUCCACUUACAGGAGAGUUUUGCGGGUUACCGGAUCGGAGUCGAGCAAGCGGGAACAUACCGCAUCGUGUUGAACACUGACCGGAAGGAGUUGGGUGGGUUGGGCCGAAUCGACGAGAGUGUUCGUUUCUUCACAACGGAUCUCGGCUGGAACGGGCGGAAGAACUUCACACAAGUUUACAUCCCCACAAGAACUGCUAUUGUGAGCGCAUCCAACCUUCUUUUUGGCUACUAUUAGCUAAUAUUUUUCCAGGUGCUCGCUUUCGAGGACGCCUAGAUUUUCAUAUUCAUAUUGUUAUAGGGGUGGGGGGUAAAAAGAUUUGUGGAUUUUCGUCGUAAUUACUAUAAUUUCGCGGCAAGGACCUCACUGCUAGGAAACUUGAAUGUGAAAAAAAGCUCAUGUAACCCUUUCCUUCAAUACACGCAUUCACACAAUCAAGUUUAUACCAAGCACCGGUAAAAGCAGGAUCCUGGAGACAAAUGCCAGUACCAAUUGUAACAUGCUCAAGGCUCUUGGACUCUUAAUGGUGGGCAUCUGUAGAAUCCAAUAUUGGGCGAGAGCUCACGCAUAGCUCCGAAUUAAGCAAGCUUUGUUG